AUCUCUGCAUGUCUGGCAGACAUAUCAGUGUGGAUGACGGAUCACCACCUCAAGCUGAACCUCAGCAAGACGGAGCUCCUCUUCCUCCCGGGGAAGGACUGCCCGUUCCAUGAUCUCGCCAUCACGGUUGACAACUCCAUUGUGUCCUCCUCCCAGAGCGCUAAGAACCUUGGCGUGAUCCUGGACAACACCCUGUCGUUCUCAACUAACAUCAAGGCGGUGUCCCGUUCCUGUAGGUUCAUGCUCUACAACACCCGCAGAGUACGACCCUGCCUCACACAGGAAGCGGCGCAGGUCCUAAUCCAGGCACUUGUCAUCUCCCGUCUGGAUUACUGCAACUCGCUGUUGGCUGGGCUCCCUGCCUGUGCCAUUAAACCCCUACAACUCAUCCAGAACGCCGCAGCCCGUCUGGUGUUCAACCUUCCCAAGUUCUCUCACGACACCCCGCUCCUCCGCUCUCUCCACUGGCUUCCAGUUGAAGCUCGCAUCCGCUACGAGACCAUGGUGCUUGCCUACGGAGCUGUGAGGGGAACGGCACCUCAGUACCUCCAGGCUCUGAUCAGGCCCUACACCCAAACAAGGGCACUGCGUUCAUCCACCUCUGGCCUGCUCGCCUCCCUACCACUGAGGAAGUACAGUUCCCGCUCAGCCCAGUCAAAACUGUUCGCUGCUCUGGCCCCCCAAUGGUGGAACAAACUCCCUCACGACGCCAGGACAGCGGAGUCAAUCACCACCUUCCGGAGACACCUGAAACCCCACCUCUUUAAGGAAUACCUAGGAUAGGAUAAGUAAUCCUUC